AACCAGUCAACUAUCUACAAAUUCCGAGUAUAGCAUAUUUGCGUGGAUUGUCUAUCCGGGUAAUACUAAAAAUUUGGUUAGAAAUUAUCAAUAUUACUCAGAUCGUGAUUUAUUUCAUUCUCAUCUCGAGCUGUCCCUUGAAACAGACAAAGAAAAACUACAUCACAGAAACUCGUUUAUAGACUAAUACCUGAAUUUGUGAUUUUGUUUCCUAUUAUUCUAGUUGUCGAUUGAGUGUUGCUGUUCGUAUCAUCUAAUUGCUUAUAGUAUCUAUUGUUGAUCAUCUAACCAAAUAGUAAGUGAAAUUUACUAUUUUGACAUCUACACUGACACUGAAAUUCUAUUGUUGUCGAUUUCAUUAUGUCCUACAAUCGAAAUUCGAUAAGCCCUACAACUGAGGUUUCUUCAGAAGAGACCAAUUCCUCUAACACUUCCAAUACAACUGCUCCGUUUGUGUCUACACUCAAGUCCAUAUACAACUACUUCAAAGACAAGGUUCCGCAAAGCAGUAGUUUCAAAGGGGUCAACACGAAGAUUUCAUUUCCAGGCUAUUCUGACGUCAAAAUGGUUGUGGACGAACCAUUACUUCAUAAUUUCAGUUCUGAGAAAAGAAGAAGACUUUCAGCAGCUGCGCAUUUGUCGAAUGGAUAUGUUCCUCGUUCUUCCAGCUUGAAGAACAACUUGGGGCUCUACCAAAGUUAUAGAAAUAAUAUUCAGAUCAACGAAGAAGAGAAGAAUAACGAUUUGGAAAGAAGACUCAGUACUUCUUACGGUGAUGCCGUAGUGAAGAACACAGUUCCGCGUGUAGUCAAUGGUUCCACGAUCUCGCGUGACGAGUCACCUUUACAUAUUUUACCUUCUAUGGAAAACGGUCUUCUUGCUAUUGAUAUGGAUUCUUCCACCACUGAAAGUUUGGAUGUUCUAAUUGAUCCAGAGUUCGCACCAUUAUAUACAGAUGAUGAAGGAAACUUGGUGAGACCUCCUUUUAUCAAUUUGGAUCCUAGAGAAAGAUACCGUCUUCUUCAGUUGAAGAAGUCGAUGCAAGCAUCUGAAGCUUUACAAAGAAGAAUGAAGUAUAUGGUUAAUCCCAGUGAAACCGUUUCCAAAGCUAUCAACCCUCAAUCUAAUAUGGUUGAAACGUCUACACAAACUCAUGAUAUCGCCUACGUAGAUAAACUCUUGAAGUUCAAACAGAGAAGAAUAGCGAUCCCAAAGAGAAUCAAGAAGGCUCAUAGGCUCAAGAACACACAAGGCUAUUUUGUUGGUGAGUUCUACUAUGACGUAGACAAAAUAGAUGCAAACAACAAAUCUUCCAACAUGUUGAAUGGCUAUUUAGGAACAGUAAGUAAGCCGUCUUUUCAUGACAACAAAACAGAAGAAAAAUUUGAAAAGAGUACAACAAACGCUGAUGAAAGUGAACCGUUCACGAAGUUUGGCAAGAGUAACGCUAGAGGACGUUUGGAUGAAAAAAUUUCGAACCAAAAAGAUUUGAAGCUUGAUUCUUCAUACGUGGAAAAAUCCAAGAAAUACGCUGAAAUCAUCAAAUUGAAAGAAGAUACACCUGUGGAUGAAAAGAAAAAAGAAUCGCAUUCGCUUGGUCCAAGCUCUGGGUUCAAGUUCAAUAUCAAAGGAGACCAAUUAGAUUCUAUAAUUAAGAAACGUGAAGAUGACGAUAAGUUGGUAAAACAGGCGAAAUCCAAACUGGCUCAAAUACCACUUGAACGGCAGAAACUGAAAUCUGAUAUCAAAUAUUCCUUUGGUGCACAGAAAGACAAAACUGCUCACAGCAAGAUUGAAAACCCAACGUUGCCCACCUUAACAUUCGGGAAGAAUGAAGGAAAGAAAGAAGGUUCUCUACUGUCGUCAAGUAAGAAUCCAGCACCUGCACCUAUUAACUUAGGUAAGAAGGAAGAAAUAUCUGAUCCAAGACCAAAAUUUGCAUUCGGUGAAUCAAAACCAACUGAAGUCACAAAGCCUUCCUUAUUUGGAAAAUCUAGUGGAACAAGAGAAUUUUCAUUUGGUGCACAAAAGACUGAUGACGACAAAUCUUCUAAACCAGCCAUAUUAUUCGGCUCAAUAAAUAAAGAUGAUGCUGCCAAAGCACCUGCAUUCUCGUUUGGGUUAUCAAAGGACGGAUUACCCGACGACAAGCAAGAUAAGCCAACUCCCUCUAUUGGAUCUGGAAAGGAAACGGAUCAAGGGUCUAGAAAGCGAAGCGAAGAAACAUCUGCAUUUUCUUUUGGGCAAAAGAAAGACGAAACUACGUCUGCUCUGAGUCUCUUUGGAAAUAUCUCUAGCAAAAACGGAGAACCAAAAUCUGAUAAGCACUUCUUAUCUAGCGGUGCGGAAAAGAAAGAAAUAACACCAAAGUCGACAUUCACAUUUGGUGAUAAAAAUACACCCCCUACUUUGUCAUUAGAAAAGGAGAAGAAGGAUCAAAUUAUUUUUAGUAAACCAGAUGAAAAUUCCACCGAUAAGCCAGCAUUUUCAUUUGGAGCACCAAUCUCAGAAAAGAAGACUGAAGGCUUUACAUUUGGAGCACCAAGCUCAGAGAAGAAGACUGAAGGCUUUACAUUUGGAGCACCAAGCUCAGAGAAGAAGACUGAAGGCUUUACAUUUGGAGCACCAAGCUCAGAGAAGAAGACUGAAGGCUUUACAUUUGGAGCUCCAAGUUCGGAGAAGAAAUCUGAAGGCUUUACAUUUGGAGCUCCAAGUUCGGAGAAGAAAUCUGAAGGCUUUACAUUUGGAGCUCCAAGUGCAGAAAAGAAGACCGAAGGCUUUACUUUCGGAGCUCCAAGCACAGAGAAAAAGACUGAAGGCAUUACAUUUGGAUCUGAGAAACCAGCAAAAUCAUCUAUUUUUGGAGAUUCAACUGGAGCACCAAAAUUUUCAUUUGGUAAUGUUGACAAACCACAAGAAACUAAAGCCUCUGCUGCAAUGACUGGAUCAACAUCUUUAGCUAAGCCAACAUUUUCUUUGGGUGAAUCUAAUUCAACUCCUAAAUCUGGCUUCUCUUUUGCUGCUACUGCUAAAGCUGCCACUCCUGUAACUACAUUUGGCACUGGUACACCACAAAACUCUGUUCCACAGUUCAGUUUUGGAGCUCCUACCAGCAAAGAAGCUACGCCAGAUCCCGCAUCCGUAUUUGGUAUGAACAAUAGCAAUGCCAAUAUGGGAAGCAGAGAAGCCACCCCGUUUGCGUUUGGAACGGGAACCGGUGUCAGCAACCCAGCCUCUGUGUUUGGUAACCCUGGCAAUGCUAUCAGCAUGCCAGCACCCACGGCUGGAUUUGGUGGAACUCCAGCAUUUGCGUUUGGAGGUGUCAAUGGCGGUGCAGGAGGAUCUUUGGCUCCCAACCAAACACCUACUCCACCUUUGCAGGGCCGAAUGAUUGCGCGCAUGCGACAGAGAAGAAGAUAAGAGUAGUGGGGUACAUGGAAGUGCUAGAGAAUAGAACAAGGUUAGAGUAAUAAGCGAGGUACGAUAUAGAACACAAUGUCGUACAAAAUGUAGAUGAUUACGCUAAAAAUAUCGACAGUGUAACACACUUGACCCCAGUGGAUAGGCAGAGACUCCAGAGAUACAAAGAAAGUUAAUCCUUGCUCAGAUGACUUUUAUGCGAUAAAGACAUUGUAUUCGAGAUUUGAAUUGAAUUUAGGCAUUAUUCAAAGUGGAAUUUAGGCAUUCUGUCAAGUUGGUUCUCCACGCUUUAGUCAUAUGGAGAAGUUAGAUACCGGCAAUAGUUUCAGAUGAAGGCGACAUGUGACAUAACUGUCAUGUGAAGGUUUUGAUUACCCCGAUCAUCAGUUUUGCAAGCAGGAAAACCCACUAUUUCCUAAUGGGGCAACUUUAUGGGGGUGGAGCUGGGACGGUUGAAUUUAAGGAAUUGCCAGAGGAGUGGGCAGUUGAAUGGAGUAGAUGAAACUAGUUCCAGUCAUUGACAAUACAGUUAGGUAGUAAUAAAUAUGAAAGUGU